AUGGCCUCUUCGGAGAACCAGACCAUCUCCGAUGGGUUCAUCCUGGUGGGCUUUUCCUACCUUAACAAGCUGCAAAUCCUUCUGUUUCUGCUGCUUCUUGUUACCUACCUGCUCACCCUGAUGGGGAACCUGCUCGUUAGCCUCCUGAUAAAGCUGAACCCCUCCCUCCACACCCCCAUGUAUUUCCUCCUGGUCAACCUGUCUGUCUUGGAAAUCUGCUGCACCACCAGUGUGACCCCUCAGCUGCUGGUUCACCUGCUGGUGGAGGAAAAGACCAUCUCCUUUGUGGGUUGUGCAGUACAGAUGUUUGUCUUCACCACCCUGGGUCUCACAGGUUCCUGUCUCCUCGCAGCCAUGGCCUAUGACCGCUACGUGGCCAUAUGCCACCCCUUGCACUAUACGACCAUCAUGAGUGGCCGGUUUUGUGCAAAACUGGCAGGUGCUUCAUGGACUAUCUGCAUCAUGGUGGAAAUCGUUCAAACCACCUGGAUCUUCAGCCUGUCAUUCUGUGGCCCCAACCGCAUCCAGCAUUACUUCUGCGACAUCCCACCAUUAUUGAAGAUGGCCUGCACCGACACAUCCAGAAAUGAGGUGGUGGUCUUCACUCUCUCAAUUGUGUUCAUCAUGGGCCCUUUCCUGUUGAUAGUCCUGUCCUACAUCCGCAUUCUCUCCACCAUCCUCAAGCUGCCGUCAGCGGAGGGGAGGCGUAAAGCCUUCUCCACCUGCUCCUCCCAUCUCACGGUGGUGACUUUGCUCUAUGGAACAGCCCUUAUCACCUACCUGAGGCCCAAGUCUACCUCCACCCAGGAAAAUGAUCAGCUGAUUUCCCUCAUGUACACAGUUGUGACACCUGUGUUGAACCCCAUAAUAUACACACUGAGGAACAAAGAGGUGCACGGAGCCUUUAGAAAAACUCUAGAGAAGAGCAUCUGUUCUCACAACUAG